AUAUUGAAGUUUAUGAAGGUGCUUUGACUGCAUUGAGCCACGGUGCCCAAGAGGGGCGUGGGAUUUUAGAUUCCAGCCUGGCACUGUAGCUUCUUGUGCCUAGUGCUCAUGUGGCGCGAUGCAGUGUCUGUACAAAACUUUGGAUUUGCUGCCUUCUGCCACAGACAACGAGAUCAGAUCAGCUUACCGCCGGCGUGCCCUAUCCACCCAUCCUGACAAAGGUGGGUCUGCAGAAGCCUUCCGCUCAGUGGUCAGUGCCUUCGAAACAUUGAUUGAUGCAAGUAAGCGAGCUGCCUAUGACAAGCUGCGGCUCCGCCCGAGGGCGCCGCCUUCACGGGACUCGAGGACUGUGAAGACUGCGCGGCAGCACGCGUGUCCGACACCCAAAAAGCGAGCGGCAGAGCCAAGGCCGCCACCCACGAAGCCGCCAAAGGUGCCUGAGGCGCCGAAGCCGGCUACAAAUUCCCCCACGAUGGAGUCGGAUCCUGUGGACCACCGGCAACUUUUUCGUCGACUGCUGGGCAUGCCACGGAAGAAAGCGUUGAAAGAGCUGGAGCAACUGUCAGAGGAGACAUUGAAUGCCUUCGCAGAGUUCUUGGACUCCGAGGAGGCUGAACAGAUUCUGUGCGAGCCGCUUGUGCUUGCCCUGAAAGAUUUGCCAAAGCCGCGAAAGCCCCGAAAGCCCAAGGCCAGAAAGAAGAAAAGUGAGAAGAUUACCAAGGCCAAGCAGAAGCAACCUGUGAACACCGACACCCCUAGUGCUGCCACUGCUGGUGCUGCAAGGCCCUUACUGAAAGGUAUCUCUCGCAACAGGCGUGAUGGGUCUUACCAAGCGAGAAUCUGCUUCAACAACUUCAUGACCGCCGCGCAGUACGUGAACAAUCUGGAUGUGGCCGUUGACAUUCACAUCAGCCUGGUGCAGAUGCGGCAACAUGCAGCCGCAUCUCUGGCGGAGGGCAAGGAGUUUGGACAAGUGAUGCAUGAUGCGAUUGAGGCCAUCCAAAAAGAGAGAGCCACAGCAGGUGCUGUGAAGUUGCGUUUGCGUUUCCGAUCCUUCUUCAGAAACAAGUUCACGCGAACAGAGGGCAAUCUGGACAAAGCCAUCCAAGAUUGGACGAGGGUUCGGCAGGAGAAAGACUCCUUCGCAGGAAGGGUCAGAGGGAUGGAAGCAGAGCGCAAGCAGGAUGAAACCCAGAAGCGAGAAGCACGCGCGGCACGGGCGGCGGCACGGAUGGAGCAGCUGCGGCAGAUGUCUGAACGACGAGAAGCGAAAUUGAUGGCCAGACAGAGACGACAGGAGGCGCUCCGUCGCAAGAGACUGGCCUAUGCAAGAGUCAAACACGGUAACUUGCGAACUAUGAUACUGGUGCUGCAGACGCGCUUCCAGAAGAUUCGGAGAAAGAAAAUGUUGAAAGACUGGGGCGUCCCGGAAUUGCCAGAAGGUUUGCAGCUGAACAGUUUUCAAUCUGCCGAUGAUAGCCUUUGCGCGACGCUUCGCUUGUCUGAUGGUACCGAUGCAGUGGGCCCAUACCGCAAGAACUUCCAGGAGGCUCUGCGGGAGCUGCAGGAGCUACGAGCCUUGCAACAACUCCGAGGGGAUAAGGUCUUGUGCCAAGAGAUGCAACGCCGGGAUCUGGAAGCCAUGACUGCCUUCUUCGUACAAAGCAUCAGGUGAUAGGAACAGCGCCAUGGGCCCAGAAUUGGAUGAUGGGAACAUCUGCAGGAAAGC